AUGCUGUUCCUAGGAUUGCUCAUCGCUAUCUCCAUGACCAGCCUCUGCAUGGCUUCCACUCAGACUCCCACCCUCACCUCCUGCUCAUCUGCACAACAGGUUCAGCUGAGCAACGUCGCCAUCACGGACGCAGAGCUGGGAAAGACCAUGACGUUGAACUUUACGCUAGCCAUCACGAGCGCAUUGAACAGCAGCCCUAAGCUCAAAUUAACUGUGACAAAGAACAACGGGCAACAAAUAGCCUGCAUCGCGAACGUCGGUUCAUGCACAUACAAGCUCUGCGGGGGAACUACCGACGUCGAGAAAGGCCUUGGGUCGCUGUGGAACAACACCUGCCCCAUCGCACCGAACACCUACACGCAGUCCUUGGCUGCUGAGCUACCCGAGGGAAUCGGAUUCCUCCUUGGGAACGGCACUCUCACCUUUAAGAUCGACGUACAAAAUGGAGGACAAAGUGUGGGAUGCCAACAAUUUAAAGUUAACGUCAAAUUAAACUGA